CCCCUAUUUUUAAACGUCUGCGUUUUCAUUGCCCUUUUCCUGAUGACUGACGGCGUUGUUUGUAGAAACACAUUUCCUGUAUUGCAGGAUUGAAUGUUUUGAUUGUGGAACUUGUUAUUAGAGCAUCUUUUGUUUUAGUGAAUUCACUGCUCUGGCCAUUUGCCCCGGCUACAUGUGGCGCCCGUGACUGAAGAUGUGUGAACUGUUCACCGCAGGGAUCUCCCAGCACGCCUGCAGGCCUGCAGUGCAGCGACGGCACCACGCCAACCUGCGCCGAGCUUCCCAUCCCAGCCUCAUCCAAAACGCUUAAUCAAAAGGGACACCCUCCCCACUCGGUCCUGCAUGAAAAGGAAGCUUUUGGCCCACGCUGAGCACCUUGGCAGCGCGACAGAGAAUAACCCAGAUUGCUCCACAAUCCACAAUCCAAGUGAGGACAUUGGAGAGGAGGCCUGUGAUACAAUCUGCAUUUUCUAGCAGGGAUCUAGGAAUGUGGAGCCCAGCUGCUACGUCACCCACAAACCGCCUGGGGUACCGUCGACAGAAACUUUUCCAAACGCUUUAAUACCCCCAAAAAAACACCUUCAGGGACGCUGGUCUCUGUCUCCAUGGUAAUGCGGAGGACGCAAAGCCCCAGCAUUGUCGUGGAGAGCUGCACUGAGAGGGGGGCGGAACCAGAGAGAGAGAGAGAGAGAGAGAGAGGAGGACAAGAGGGGCUUCGAUUUCUUUCUCUCCUGUAAAGGCUGUUGAAGAUGCCGUUCCACGACGGAGUCUACUACCCCUUCACCAGUGACGCCCACUCAUCAGCGGGGAUCCCAUCCCUCCUGAAUUCCCCACUCAGCCAACACUCCGCACCAGGCAUGACUCCAUCCAGCGGUGCCUCCGCCGUCCUCCCGUUCAAGUUCCGCCCUCGCAGGGAAAGCGUGGACUGGCGGCGGAUCAACGCCGUGGACGUCGAUUUCGUAGUGAGCCAGCUGGAUGUGGACGCCCUGCAGGACCACAUCAGCACCGUCACCUUCUGCACCCUGGAAGGCGAGCGGUGCCAGCGGUGCCAGAGCCCCGUGGACCCGGCGCUCGUCAAGCUCCUGCGGCUGGCGCAGCUCACGGUGGAGUGGCUCCUCCACUGCCAGGAGUUUCUCUCCCUCAGCUUGCGCGCGGCGGAGGAGAGGCUGUCGGCCGCCGGCGGGGAGCGAGAGAGGCUGCUGGCUCAGCAGAAGAAGCAGGAGGAGAAGGUGAAGGAGCUGAGCGGCGAGCUUAAGCAGAGGAAGAAGGUGAUCCGGACCCAGCAGUCUCUGCUGGCGCCAAGGAUCAUGAGCAGCCACAAGUGUACAGAGUGUGAUAAGUCCUUCAUGAACUCCUCCUUCCUGCAGAAUCACCUGCAGCGCCGCCACCCGGAUGAGUACGAGAACCAGUUGCGAUCCGACAGCGAGAAGAAGUCUCAGAUCGACAGCCUCAAGUAUGAGAUCAGCGGUCUGAAGGAGCAGAUUGUGCAGCAGCAGCAGACACUGCAGGCCAAAGCAGCUGAGGAGAAAGAGCAGCAGUCCCUGCACAAAGACCUGCAGAGAGAACUGGACCGCUUUAAAUCUGAGGAGAUGGCACGCAUGGACAGAAAGAUCGAAGACAGCAGAGACGGCAUGCGCAGAGAGAUGGAGUUCCUCUACACCCGGAACAUUCAGGCUCUAAAUGAGGCGAAUCAGAAUCACACGGCCAGGCAGGAGAAGGCAGCAAGCCCUGUUCACUCACAGCUGGAGAGAGAUGUGGACAACUACAAGGAGAUGCAGACACUCGCCAUCCAGAAGCUGGAGCACCAGCUGAAGAAACAGGAUAAAAAGUGGGAAUCAAGGCUGCAGGAAAUAAAGGUUCAACAUGAGUCUGAGAAGAAUCAGUUGCUGAACGAGCUGAACCGAACUCAGUCGUCCGUCUCCGAGCAGAACGAGCGGAGCCAGAGGCAGCAGCAGGACAUGAACAGGAGGCUGCAGGAGAAGGAGCAGACCAUCAGAGCGCAGAGAGAGCAGAUAAGAAACAUCUCCUCAAAUCCACCCACCAAAGUCGUAGAAGUACCAGUCAUUGUCACUGCACCACCUCCAGAGCCCAAACCAAAGAGAGUCGUACUCGACUCAAGCAGCUCACCUGAGAGAAGGCCUGUGGAGAGGAAGCCCGAGCCUGUGCCUGAGAAGAAACCGAGAGCAGCAGCCUCGGCUCUCCUGAAGAGGAACACCAGCAUGAACAAAGACAUGCGACCAAACAUGGAAGAGGCUGUUAUCCGGAGGCUCGAGGGCUUAGGAGUCAAGCCUGAUCAGAGCGGUUUGAGGGGCAAAGAUCUGAAUUCCCUCCUGGCGAAGGCACAUACGUCUCGGGAGGACUACGCGAAAGGGAAACCGGACUUCUGGCGCCAACGAGAGGAGAUAGCGAGCAGUGUUGAGAAGAAACUUGGCGGGCAGAGGAGAGGAAGUGACCCUGCUCCUGAGGCCAAAACUAGAUCCAGACAGUCGGUUCAGGUGUUGCAGAUCCGCCCUCGAUCCAGCAGCCUCCCCUCCAGAGCAACUAAGGUUCAAUGUGGACCUGCAGUCAAGCAACCAAAGACCCCUCAGCCGGCGCCAAGGACGAAGACGACCGUCCAACCUCAGACGUCUACCCCCAACACGAAGGCCACUCCGAGAAGCUUCCCCUCCAAGACCCCUCCUUUCAGCUCAGACGAGGAAUCAGAGGAGGAGGACACAGACCUGGACCUGGAGGAGGAACAGCCGCAAAAACUCCAGAGCAGAAAAUCCCCGCAGCCCAGACUGAACCCAGUCCAAAUCAGAUCCAGCAAAGCCAGUGCGGUCCAACCCCGGCAGCCUCCACCCAGGCAGUCAGUCUCCUCCAUCACCCAGCAGAGGGGGUCGGCGGUUAGUGUGACUAAGACGGCGGUCACAAAGGUGGAGAGCGACGAUGAUGAGGAUGACGAUUGGUCAGAGGUGAGCGAGCUGCAGGAGAUCGACAAAGGACCGCUGCAGAGUCACAAAGACCAGAACGGAAACGUGGAGAAGAAGAGAUUUGGGAAAGAAAGUAAAAUCAGCGACCUGGCCAAAAAAAUGGAGAAGCACUUUUCAGACAGAGGCGUGAAGAAACCAGCAGGGGGCGUCAGCAUCCUACCAGAGAGGAGGGACGAGGUUCAGGAGCUGAUGUACACAGAUCUGGAGGAGAGCAGCGAAUGGUUGGUGUCCUCCUUAGAGGACAGACUGGAAGUUUCCAAACCGGCUCAGAGUUCUGGACCAACCAGGAAGAGCCUGGAUUCAUCCAGCACCAGCGUGUGGGGGACCUCCACGGGGAGGGCGCCCAAAUCAGGUCUGACUGAAGCAGGAACAGGAAGCACCCUGAAGAGCAGCCUGUGCUCGCUCAGCGACAUCAGCGACUCGGAGGAGAUUAGCAAUAAACACAGUAAACGCUACAGCUGAUCAGGUGACGUAGCUUAGCACAGCAUCCACCUCAGGCUCCUCCUCUGACACUCACAGGGGAACACCAAACGGCCUGCUUUCAAAUGAACUCCAUCAAACAUUCGAAGCAAUACUCAACAAAGGGAAACACGAUUCUCACGUGGAUCGGAUAUUUAAUAAUAACGUGAAAGAUGACAUCACAGCUGUUUAACGCUCACCUUUUGCCUUGUGCCAAUUCUUAGCUUGCCUUAGACCGCCUCAGUGUUUUUAUACUGUCUUAUAUAUAUAUAACCCACACUCCAGAUGAGGCUCUGUAUGUAGCUCGUGUGAUAUUUUGUACAUCGGACUUUAUAAAAAUGUGAUUUUGUAUAGAAAAUAUUUAAAGCAGCAAUAAUACAUUUAAAUGUGGACAAUGGUUGAAAAUUACAAUUGAAGCACACUUUAUUUUUGCAUAUUUACAAGCUUAAAUAUCAAAGUGUACAUUUAUAAACAAAGAAAUACAUAAAGUCAUAACGUUUGGAAUACACAAGCACAUUUAUUACAACCUCAGUUCCAUAAAAGUUUGGAAAUUGUGUAAAAUGUUGUCAAAAAACAUUGUUUCUAUGAAAAAUAUGUGCUAAUUUUAAAUUUGAUGCCUGUAUUGACAUGCUAAGCUAGGCUAAGCUAACUUAAUUCUGGGUCGAGCUAAAAUAAAAAAAGAUGUUUCAGCUACUCAACA